GUCAUAGCCCUCUCUGCCGUUCUUGCUUGUCGUGAAGUUUUGUCAGUAAAUUAUUUUUUGAUGGCUCAAGAAAUCAAACUGGUCUUUGUCCUUUGGAUGGUUGUGGCCUGUCUAGGUCCAGUUUUGACGACUACAACAGCUUUGGUUGGUUCAACCACAACACCAAAACCUGCUACUGAUUCUACAACCUUAAAGCCUCCCGAUUCAACAACAGCUCCGGAUGGUUCAUCUACAACACUGAAACCUGUUACCGAUUCUACAACCACAAAGCCUCCAGAUUCAACAACGACAGCUCCAGAAGCUUCACCUACAACACCGAAACCUGCUACAGUUUCUACAACCAUAAAGCCUCCAGGACCCUGUGAUGGAAAACCAUGCUUGGAUGGGAGCACCUGUCAGCCUCGUCAUGAUCAAACCUUUGAAUGCUUGUGUUUGGCUGGUGAUAACUAUGAUUAUAUCAGCAAAGAAUGUCAGAGUGGCAAAGUCUUCCCUGGACAACUAAACCUGCCUGGCCUCCCAUACAAACCGGAAAUGGCUGACAAGUCAUCACAAGAAUUUCAAAACGCUGCCAAAAAGAUUAACGGGGAGAUUCACAACAUUUUCAAGGAUGAUGAUUCUUUCUCCAGCUCGACAGUGCUGGAAAUCAGUCCGGGUCCAGUGCCGUCAAAAAAAAGUCAAGUUAGGUCAAUGUCAGCGAAGAAUAAAGCCAUAGCAACUGUUGAGAUCAUCUUCAAGAAAAGUGCUGACAUCAACGGAACACAAGUUCUAGAUAAGAUGUCAGCCGCCAGCAACUGUAGUGGUUGCUUACUGGAUGGUGCAGUUUUUGAUCCCAAACCCUUGUGUUCUUUGGAUCCUUGUGAUACGAAUACUACACAAUGCAAUGGGAUAGAUGGAGGAUUUACUUGCACCUGUUCGGAGGAUUUCAUUAAGACAGUCCUCAGUGACAGGUUGUGCAUAGCCUGUCCUAGUGGUUUCAAAACUGAAGACUCCCAAAAAUGUGUCCCGUGUCCCUUCGGGCGUUCUGGUUUUAACUGCAAGGAAACCUGGAAGCUAACUUUGGUCAUUGUCGGCUCCGUGCUUGGGAGCCUGCUGCUGAUCGCGCUCAUUCUUCUGCCUGUAUUGACACUCAAAGCCUCAAAGAAGAUCUCCAAGAAGGAGAAAAGUGGAGACCUGGGGCCAUCCUUCAGCCACAUUCCUACCAAGCAAUCAGGGGUUAACGGCAGUUCAGCUCCAAGGCAACCUGCCCUGUACGGUGGGCCGGCGGACAGGAUGUCAGGCUCGGCUAAUGCCGGGGGGAAUCGGAUCCCAAGGGCCACAACCACAAACAGUUGGGAAAAAAGAGCCAACCUGGAGCGGACCCAGUCCAGCAGACAACCUGCCCCGUACAAUGGGCCGGCCAACAGGAUGUUGGGCUCGGCUAAUGCCGGGGUGCCUCAGAUCCCAAGGGCCACAGCCACAAACAGUUGGGAAAAAAGAGCCAACAUGGAGAUGACUCCGACCAGCAGCAGACAAAACUUGGUUCCAAUGGGGAGGAACUCGCGGCCCUACGACGACGACAAUGACAUGAACCCAUAUGCUCAGGCUCGCCCCCAGAGCAACCCCUACACCCAGAAUCAACCUCGCGUCGACCCGUACAAUCAGCGCCAUGGACACAGCAACCCUUACUACAUGCACGACAACUGAAGACGGCUAUAAUUUACAGGGCUUCCCUGGCGAAGGUUUAUCCUACAUUAACCUAAAAUCAAUUUUAUUGGAAUCACCUGAGAAUCGAUGGCUAAAUACCACAAAUGCACUAUGAUGGUGAGAGUUUUGGAAACGGAAGCGAAAUGGUCAAGAGGGUCUUGUGCAAUUGCGGAAAUCAACCAAUCAAAAACUGUCAUAUUAUUACUAUUCCUGACCUUUGAUAAAGUUAAGGAUAUGAGAUUCACCAA